CCCUCGCCCAGGACAUUGGAACACUUCACCUGGAGGGAACGAUUCGCGGAGAAUGUUCCAUCCCACGGCUGCAGCCCUCUCGGGCGCGUAAGCGCCCUGGUUCACCAAAGUCCUCGUUGAUGGGGGCACUGACAUGCAGGCAUGAUGGGUCUGCUUUCCACCACCACCACCACCAACGUUGGAGGGGGAACACCAUCCCUCUCCAACUCAUGGUGGUGGUGGAAAACAGGCCCAUCAAGGCAGGCCAAGUGGGCGGGAGCCGGUGGCACGAGAAGUGGCGACGGCAGCGUGUUGCCGAAACGCUCGAGCGGGGCACCAAGGCUGCCCCUCGCGCGCAAUAAGGGCGCCCGCGUCUUCGGGACCCAGGCCAAGCUUGACCCAGGAUCGACUGCCGCAGUGCAUCGACUGCAGCGGUGCCAAGCUGGAGUUGAGAAGCGAACCUGUGAGCACGUGCGAAGCGACAGAGUGCUGUCAAAGUCUGCGCCGCGCAGGCUUUCAAAAAUGCGCUGGUGAUCGGUGAGUCAGGGACACAGUUGAUGAGGAGAGCAGGAGAACAGAUGGAUGGGAAGGAACCAGCACGGUAACUAAACGAUGCGCCGAGGAUUCCCUCUCCGAACGCGUGGGUCAUCCAGAUACAUCGAGCCCACCAUGCGUUCAUCUGCUUGACUUAGUCUCUACGGCCGUCGCCUUCUAAGCAGGAGCUGGUGCCAAAAGCAGAGGUUGGAGCAGGAAGCUCCAUGGCAUGUGCCCCUGCAGGCGCCCGGCCCCCCACCCCACCCCACCUCGGAGCACCUCCGCCCCUCC